AAGUUAUGUCAAAUAAUGUUUGUCUGCGUUUCCGUCGAGGCCGGGACUUCUUUGUGUUUUAAUUUGAGAAAUGUUUCGGAUUGCUGCACAGCUAUGGGACAAAGGAAACAGAAAAAACCCUGAAUCAAGGUUGCUAUCUAACAAAGAGCCUUAAAAUCAAUAUCAACGUGGGAGCCUAAAGUAGGGGAACAUUAUAACGACAGCACCUUUUUAUUAUUGGUUACAUGUGUUUUUAUUGUAAACAAUUCACUCCUUAGUCAGUAUUUUGAAGUGUUAAAUGAAGAAAGGUGGUGUUCUUGUGUAUUAAACCAGGAUACCGCUGUCAGUAGUGUCUUGUAAGUAUAGUUUGGCACUAUGUGGAGUGAAACAUGCUCAUAACCAGAGGCAUUCAGUCCGCCCCAGUCCUACAGGGAGGGCAGUCUUUGCUCCACCACCCAGCCCUGCAGCAGCUCCACCUUGUCCUCAUGUGGUACUAGUUUUCUGACUGUCUCACAGCCAGCAGUUGACGGUAGCCACAUCUUCAGCUGCGCCAUGACUUCAUCGGACAACGACGAAACGGGGAGUGACACGUCUGAGUCUCUGGAGAUCCGUGAGCUCCAGGACCAGUACAUGCACCCGGAAAGCUUCAAGUCCAAAAGCUUACCCAUCCUGAAUGGACCAUGUCGGCCAGAACGAAAGGCAGCAGAGCCUCGCCUGGUUAACACCACCCGUACCUGUGUGGCCGUGCAGGAGUGCAACGAGCUCCAGCCGAAAACCCCAGAGUCAAGCCAGGCAGAGUCCCCCUCAUCCCGGACAGACUUCUCCCCCUCUAUGUCCAGCAUGGUGGGGCUCAGCAGCUCUUUACCUGUGGAGGGUCACAGGGUCGCUGGCUCAGGGGGUAAAAAACUUGGUUUCUCUCUCACCCGCCUUAUCCGCAUCCCAGCCAGAAAGUAUGUGCGGGUCAUCCUUAGGGACUCCCGCUGCUUCCUUUUCUGCAUGUGUUACCUGACCUUCAUUCAGUCCCUGAUGGUCUCGGGCUACCUGAGCAGUGUCAUCACCACCAUUGAGAAGCGUUACAGUCUGCGCAGCUCUGAGUCCGGCCUGCUGGUCAGCUGCUUCGACAUUGGCAGCUUGCUGGUGGUGGUCUUCAUCUCCUACUUUGGUGGCAGAGGUCAGAGGCCACGCUGGCUGGCUGUGGGUGGUGUGAUCAUCGCUAUAGGGGCAGCAUUGUUUUCCCUUCCCCACUUCAUCUCACCCCCCUACCAGAUCCAGGAGAUGAACUCAUCAGCGGGCCACGAAGGCCUCUGUCAGAGCAGCAACGGCAGCGGGCGCGACCUGCUCGACGUGGCAUCAUGCCCCCGCGACCAGGAGGGCAACGAGCACAACCUGUAUGUGACUCUGUUCAUCUGCGCCCAGAUUCUGGUGGGCAUGGGGUCAACGCCAAUCUACACGCUGGGGCCCACCUACCUGGACGACAAUGUGAAGAAAGAAAAUGCAUCUCUCUACCUGGCCAUUAUGUAUGUGAUGGGAGCCCUGGGACCUGCAGCUGGCUACUUGCUGGGAGGCGUCCUCAUUGGCUUCUAUGUCGACCCCAAAACUGUAGUCAACAUCGACCAGAACGACCCUCGCUUUGUUGGCAACUGGUGGAGCGGCUUUCUCUUGUGUGCCAUAGCCAUGCUCCUGGUCAUCUUUCCCAUGUUUGCCUUCCCCAAAAAGCUGCCUCCGCGGCACAAAAAGAGGAAGAAGAAAAAGAUCAGCUCGCCCGGUGACGUGUCCAGUGACGACGAUGUGAUGAAGGAAAAGUCGAGCAGCAAAAGCCAAAAUGUCUCCUCCUCCAUGGGCUUUGGAAAGGACAUCAAAGACCUCCCCAAGGCAGCGCUGAGGAUCCUCAGCAACAUGACCUUCCUGUUCGUCAGCCUGUCCUACACGGCGGAGUGCGCCAUUGUCACCGCCUUCAUCACCUUCAUUCCCAAGUUUAUCGAGUCACAGUUUGGUAUCCCCGCCUCCAACGCCAGCAUAUACACCGGUGUGAUCAUCGUACCCAGCGCCGGGGUGGGCAUCGUGCUGGGGGGCUACAUCAUCAAGAAGCUGAAGCUCGGUGCAAGAGAGUCAGCCAAGCUCGCCAUGAUCUGCAGCGGGGUGUCUUUGCUCUGCUUCUCCACGCUCUUCAUAGUGGGCUGUGAGAGCAUCAAUUUAGGAGGCAUCAACAUACCUUACACCACUGGUCCGACCCUGACGAUGACCCACAGGAACCUGACGGGCAGUUGCAACGUAAACUGUGGCUGCAGGAUCCACGAGUACGCUCCGGUCUGCGGCUCCGAUGGCAUUACCUAUUUCAACCCCUGCCUGGCUGGAUGCAGCACCGUGGGCAAUGACAGCACCGGGAUUAGGAACUACACCGACUGCGGCUGCGUGCAGAGCAGGCAGGUCAUCACUCCGUCCUCCGGGGGACAGGUCAACCAGCUCCAGCUGGUCAUCGUUAAAACCUACCUGAACGAGAACGGCUACGCCGUGUCGGGGAAAUGCGACCGCACCUGCAACACCCUCAUUCCUUUCCUCAUCUUCCUCUUCAUCGUCACCCUCAUCACCGCCUGCGCCCAGCCCUCCGCCAUCAUCGUCACACUCAGGUCUGUUGAUGAACAGGAGAGGCCUUUUGCUCUUGGGAUGCAGUUCGUCUUGCUCCGAACUCUUGCCUACAUCCCCACGCCCAUCUACUUCGGUGCUGUGAUCGACACCACCUGCAUGCUGUGGCAGCAGGACUGCGGCGUUCACGGCUCGUGCUGGGAGUACGACGUCACCUCGUUCCGCUUCGUCUACUUCGGCCUGGCCGCCAGCCUCAAGUUCGUCGGCUUCAUCUUCAUCUUCCUCACCUGGUACUCGAUCAAGCACAAGGAGGACCGAGCGGAGCGCUGGCGCCAGCACCUGCCUCCGCUGGGCACCGUCAGCGAGCUCAUCUGCCACGCCGGAGGCCACAAAAGCCAUGCGCGCACCCGCUCCUGCCCGGUGUUCAUCCCGCCUCGGCCUGACCCGCCCGCCGCGCUGCUGCUCAACCGUGGCCACAGCAGCCUCAGCUGCCCCGGCAACGGCCUCAAAGCAAUAACCCCGCCUAUCCUGUUGCCCCAUCACCACAUAGGCUCUGCCCAUGUCUGAGAGCACGACAGACCUCCCUCUCUGGGGGCGGGGGGUUCAUCGUGACGUGUGCCUUCCUGUCUGUGUUUCUGCACCACACGGCGCUUUACACCUAUCGGACACCAUACGGGGUUCCACAGCUGCUGUAGGGCUGACGGGCAGAGACACACGGGGUGCGUCCCAUCACACUUUAAAGGGCUGCUCAUUGUUUAUAACAACAUGAAGAUGUUCUUUUUAUUCUGAGCGUAUCAUCAGCUGCAGCCACACACAGCAUCCAUGCAGAAGGUCAGAUCUCCAUGACAAGGUCGGGACGAUGUAAAGACAUCACACGGUGCUACUGUUAAAAGAGCAGGGCAUUAAAACCUCUGUACAGACCAGAUGAGUCAUCAUCGACACAGCAUCUAAAGCACAACUGACAAACCUGUACUAUGCAAGAUCCUACGUACAGCUCCUCAGUACUGUACAGCUCCCUCUGUGUUCUACAUUCGUACCUCUUUCUUCUUCCCCGCUCAAUUCAAACCACGUUGUCGUCUUUUUUUCUUACAGUCUGAGCUGUGAACAUAUCAGCAAUCUGUCGCCGCUCAACCCUGUGCUCUUGUCUGGUUAACAUGUAUCAUUUGCAUCUUCAGAAAAGUGAGAUUUUUGUUUUAAAUCCUCUUUUUUGUUUUAAAUUCCUUUUUUGUAACAGUGCCUCUCAGGCUGUCUCGGCCAGUCCAGUAUAACAAAGCUAGCUACCAGGGUAAAAUGCUAGCCACUGAUAAAGCCAGUCACUGUCCUGUCAGUUGAGCGACAAUAUUCUGCUUUAUUGCCCUCAGCUUUUGUGUUCGGGGGGAACAGUCGUCACCGAGCUCGAGUCAUCGCGCCCCCAGUGGACGUUUUACUCGCUAUGGCAUGGUAACCAUGUAGCUUAAAGCCGAUUUAACACUAAUGGCAUUAGUUUUACUUGUCUCGUCAGUGAGCAAGAAAUCUAUAUUUCCUAACACACAUCACACUACUUUAUUACAGUGUGUAAUAACAAGCCCAAACAGGAGCCAGGAACAAUCUCAUCUCUGACCAUGUGCUGAAGCUACUGUGUCCGAAAGAUGUGAUUUUUACUUGACACUGGAAACGCGAUGGAGAUUGAAGAAAAUGUGGCAAAGCUGCUGUUUUCUCAACAAAUUUGAUCCAUUUUUGAAACCACAAAGUAAAAUGAUUUGUAUCUAGCCUAUUGCAACAAUCAACAACACUAAAGGAUGCAUCAUUUUGGCUCUACAUUGUAAUGGCUUCUCCAUUCUAUUGGUCAUCAGAUGUACAUAGUAGUUAUAGUAGUCUAGGCUUUAAAGAAGAAGAAGAAAAAAAAAGAAGUAGUGCGGCAAGCAUGUAAAACAGUGAACCUCCUUUUAUCAGCAAGAGUAAUCUGAGUAUUCAGUGGUUCCUGGGUGUUUUGCGGGGACCUCUAGUGGCCAGAGAGAUGAUUGUGUGAAGGCCAGUGAAUGUUGCCGUUUGUCAGACCUACUGUACUAUGACACUCUUGGUUAAAAGGUUAAUUAUUAAACUUAAAUCACUGCACUGAAUUUACGCUCUCCAAUUUCCCAAAGAUAAUCUGCCGUCUUUCACAUGUAUUUAUGGCCGCGGUUGUCAUGUGACAAGUCAAGAUUUUUAAAAAAUUCUAUCUGCUCGUUUUGAAGUCCAAUGUGUCUAAAACCAACAGAGGCAUGUUGCUUGCAUGAGCCUUAACCGUUUUAAUAGAAGUGUCUAAUUUUCUUUUUACCUUUUAGGCUCCUGAUAUUUUAUGGAUUUACCUGACUUUUCAAUAAGGGCAGGUAGUGUUUGAGAGUAUUAGAAUAUUAGAGGUGCUAAGAUGGCUAAGAUUUGUGUUUAAAAAAAAAUAAAAAUAAAUAAAGCUUUGUUCCUGAUCAGAUUUAUUGGCUGCAUACAAAAAAAGUCAAAUCUGUGGCACUUGUUUUGAAAAACACAUUUUUAUAAGUAUUUUUUUUUCUUUUUGGAGGAGGGGGCGGGAUACAAGAUAAGUCUAAUAAAGUUAUUGUAUUUUAUAUUUUGAUCACUUCAUUUGUUAAAGUAUUCAAAGGGGAGCACCUUGGUAGCUGAAUGGUUACUGAGCAUGCUGCAUGGCCUUCGCAACGCCCUUUGUUGCAUGUCAUACCCCUUUGUCUCUCUCUCGUCUCCUGUCUGCUUCUGUUGUCUAAUAAAGGAAAAUAAUCUUUUUUUUUUUAAAGUUUGCAAAGGAAUGGAGACUCUGAUGCAGUGAAUACAUUUUAAAAGUUAACAUUUUUGCCCAAGAUUGGUUGGUACUCUGCCGAGUUAAGAUUAUCAAGUGGUAAUGGCAGUGACUAAUUUUUAGUAUCGUGACUUAGUACCUCAAAUUGCAUAUUCAUAAGUGAUCAUUGUGUAAAUAUUGACAAAGCAAAUGAAGCGUAUUAUAGAGCUCACACAUAGUUAGGAGCAUAUUUAUGAACUAACCCAUGACAUAGUUUAAAAAGAAAAAUAAGAUUAAAGCUACAAAAAAAAAAA